UAAGUUUAAAAUAAAAGGUCUUUGUGUCUGUUCGUCCGCAUGAGGUCGCUCGAGCGCUGCAGCGGUCGAUGUGGCGGGCAAGUGACGUCACGCGUGAACUUUGAAAAUAGGCGCGAGGAAGAAGAGGCGCCUGACUGGAGAAGAAAUCAUGAAUUUAUAAGUAAAUCUAACAGAAGGACAAUAAAAUAAGUGAAUAUUCGUGCGUAUUUAAGCAGCAUGACGCUCUUGACACCGUUCAGUAAAGUCCCUGAGCUAAACACCGCCACCAUUCUCCUGGUUGAGAUUGAAGAACAGCUCCAGUCCAAACUGGCCGAUGUCAUAGUACAUUACGAGAAAGAGUUCAACGUCAAUGUACGGCUGGCCAGGAAACUUCCUCUGCCCGUUGAGAACAAGGAGUCUCGUCCACGCAUUGAUUUAAUCGUGUUUAUAGUGAACCUGCUUUCAGAGCGCAGUCUUCAGUCUGUGGAGAGCUCUCUGAAUCAUCUUCACUCAGACUAUUUCCUGGGCAAGGUGUGUUUUCUGGUAACUGAUGCUCGCUGUGGAUCUUACACUCAGGACCGACUGGCCAGUGUCAGAAAACUGGCUGCUUCACACCAGUGUCCUGUUAUCUGUGCUGAACACAGGACAGCAGAUGGCAUACACGCAGCGGCCGCACGUCUUCUCAGCAUUCUGAAGAUGUCUGCGGGAAUGUCUCCUAUACCGACCACUGCCCUCUAUCUCUCCACUCUGACCCGCUGCUCUGUGACCUCUGACCUUGAAGAGGAUUGAUCCCAGUUCACCUGAUACCUUGAAUGAAUUAGUUUUGUUUUAGAAACUCUGGUUAUGGCUGUUUCUUGAUGCACUCAUUUAAAUGUCGUAUAUUCUGGUGGGUUUGCAGAUAAGGAACGCAUUUUAAAAUGAUUGUCCGUGAAUUUUAGGUGAUGAUUCCUGUUUAUUUACCUGCAUUUACGGAGACCUCCAGGGGGCGCUUUUGGGGAACUAAUGGACUCCUUGUAACGUUCUUGUUACGUUUUUUGAAACAUUUUUGUAAAUUAAAAUGAUAGUUUUCCAGCCAAAUCAACCUUAUGUGUGUGUCCUAUAGAUAACACUUGAUUUUUCUUUGAGUUUGAGGUUUAAUUUAUAGGUGAAGUGGGUUGACAAAAUAUCUUUGUAUUGCGUCUAGCCUGCAAAGUCUUUUUGUACCAUUAGUGUUGUUUCUUUAUUGACAGGUGCCUUUUUUAAUAACUUCAUUCUUAUUGUGGCACAUAAUAUCAGUGAUUUGACAUUAUGUGCAAACUCAAAGGAUACGUGACUGGUACAUCCUGUUCCAUGUAAUGUGCUUACAGUUUGUGCAAUGUUACUCUGCUAUAUUAUCUGAUUUACGUACGGGUAAAAUCACAUGAGCUUGGAUUGAAGUAGAGGUCAGACGGAUAUCUGGAAAGACCUAAGUAACCGCUCGCAACAUUUUAGGAUUCAAGUAACUCUUACACGGGCAAGCAAGACUAUUCUUCAGAAGGUUUGAGGGCUAUCGUGAGUCUAAGAUUAUGCAAGAAGUUUCUCAGGAUCAUUUUUAGCUUCUCAUCACCGUGUACUGUAAUAGGUUGCACUGCAGUAACCCUGUCCUCAUUUACACCCACUAGCUCCUAUCCUCCCGCGUUUCCAUGACAACCUCACCUGUUGCAAACCAAUCCUAUUUGUAACUUGAGUCUUCAAUAAUGGACGUUCUUCGCGGCGAAAUGACAAAAAGGUCUGCUGGCGUUCUACCUGUGCUACUACUGUCUCCCUCUCUGGAGCUUUCCGUCCGCUCGCUCAUGACUGACCUCGUUUGACAAUCUCUCUUUACUGACCACUUCAUGCACGAGGUCAAACUCCACGGUUUCACAGCAAAAACAAACAUGUCCUCCAAAUAAAUAAGAUUUUUCUUUCACCA